AUGCCCACACUCCGGUUUGCCCUCGCAGCUGUGGGCGAUCUCUUGUCCAAUCUCUUGUAUGGAUUUCAUGAAGUAGAUGCACCGACAAACGAGGAACUGACGACAGAACGCCGCAAGUCGAUCCAUGCUACUUGCCAGAAAUUUCUGGUCGAUCUGGUGGGUCCUGGCGAUUUGCUGGAUUCGCAAGUUCGCCAUGAGAUUGCCCAAGAAGCGUAUGCCGCCUUUGGCAGCCCUAUCAACAUGCAUACCGUCACUGUUCCCGAUGAGUCGUCGUUCUUUGAGUACAACCAGAAGGAGAUCCAACACAAGUUUGUGACAACGGGACCAUUUCGGGAGGUGACUUUGGCCAUUGUCAACUUUCAAAAGUUUUUGGACGAGGAGUUCUUUGAGCAGGUCGUUCAACACAUACAGACUGUCUACAAGGAACAUUCCAUGGAGGACUGCAGAGCCAUGGCUGUGGAGAUCACUAUUGUCGCGGCUGGAUGUGAUGCUGUCAGGACGUUCUAUGCUGCUGCUGGGAUUGACGAAUAUCCUCCUCUUCCGCCAAAGGCAAACCCAGAAGAACCAGCAAGGUUCGAAAGCGUAUCAGACUAUGCCUUGUCCCCCUUGAAGCAAGACGCAACAGCUUCUUGGGGACCAUUUAUGACGUAUCGCCAGAUCCGUCCAGAUGUCUUUCAAAGAUUCAACCUCCAUCCAAUCUGGUGGAAAUAUGCCAGCAUCCGGUCCGCUCCGCUCUGCAACUACACAGCAGCACCGCUGACGGCUCAGUCCGUCAUGAACUUUUUUGAAGAAAUGUAUGUGCCCCUCUUCUAUUUGGCACUCUUUUUGCGAGUGCCUGGACCGGGUCGUCACUUGGUCCGUGCACAGCUGGAACCAGCCAUUGUGGCCUAUUCGGCGGGCAAGCGUUGUCGCUUCUGA